CAGUGGAAAAAGAAAGUGAAGAAAUCAGACCAGGGUAAAUGGUCAGAGUGUAACAAGAACUUAUAUCGUACAAAGUAGGUAGAAAACCAACACUUAAAACUAUCACAAUUAGAUUCUUUUACUUACAACAAGGCUAGAAAAUGAAUAACUUUUAUUGACCUGAUAUAAUAGGAUUGCUGUUGUACGAAGAGAAGUAGGCAAGAUUUGGCCAGGAAAUCAGAAAAUCUACUUCAAACAAAACCAGGCCAACCUACUGAAGUUGGAAGAGCUAGCAUCAAGACUAGCUGAUACUUGCUCCAUACCUGAGAUCGGAUUUGGACGAGGUAAUAAAAUUUAUGUAGCUGAUUCUCUGUGUGAGUAAAUUAUAGAAAAAAAAAAUAACAGCAAGUCAAGGAAGUUCUUAAAGGUCAAAAUAUAAACUGUAUCUACACUUUGUAGCUCUCCUAAAGAACUUCUCAUUAUACAGUUUAGAAAAUCAGAAAGACUUAUAUAGCUUUUAAAUAUGUGUAUUCCUCAAGUCUUUAAACAUCCUGAUGAUUUAUUCCUUUCCUUUUUCUAGAAGCCAUUCGAUCACAUAUCCUCCAGUGGUCUCAAGAAAAAAACCGCAGAAUAGCUGAUGGCUAUGAUUUUGAGGUAUAGUGUAUGCUCAAAUAGCAUUUUCUUCAUAUCAUGUGUUAAUAUGCCUGUGAACAGGCUUCCUCUUAUGAGGAGUACAUCUAGUGAAGAAAGAAAAUCAAAUGAGUAGUGUCUUUAACUUGAGCCCCAUUUAUACUUCCUUCUCAUAUCCCCUUUAAAAAGUUCUUCCCGUUUUUCCCAGUCUUCCCCAUAGCCUAUAAAGAUGGAACACAAUUAGACCAAAAUUUUGUUACUUCAACUUUUUAGGUUGAACAUACACGUGCUAAGAGGGCAAAAAAAGUCAGGCAUGGAAAGCCCACCAAGCACAAGUACUAG